CGACCACAAAAUUUCUGAGUCGAAAUUCUGUUGUGUUACUGGUUCUACGGCUAGUGGCUAGCUCAAGAGAUUACAUAUUAGGGUUUUCCUUUCUCACCGUGCGACUCUUUUUCCUUGCUAAUUCCCACCAAACAAUGGAGCAAGGAGGCAACAACGGCCACGGCGGCGGGGCGCCGCGGAGGUACAGAGGGGUGCGGCAGCGGAAGUGGGGGAAAUGGGUGUCGGAGAUCAGGGAGCCGGGGAAGAAGACGAGGAUAUGGCUGGGGAGCUACGACACUCCCGAAAUGGCGGCGGCGGCUUACGACGCAGCAGCAUUGUACCUCCGCGGCGGCGCAGCCGCCGGUGGGGCCCAGCUGAACUUCCCGGAGCUGGCCGGGUCGCUCCCCCGUCCGGCCAGCUCCAGCGUGGAGGACGUCCAGGUGGCGGCACAACAAGCAGCCGCCCGAAUGAUCGUGAAUCAUAAUAAUAUCAACCAUCCGGCGGCGGUUCAUUCCCCGGAAUCGUGUAUUUCGGAGGAAGGAGAGCAGCUGAUGGGCGGAGACGAUUUGGGUCGGUUCGGGUUGCGACCGGUUCGGGUCGGGCUGUCGCCGAGCCAAAUCCAGGCCAUCAACGAGACGCCGAUGGAUUCGCCGAACGUGUGGAUGGAAUUGGCGGGAGCGUUGCUGCGCGGCGGGGGGAACCAAUACGACGGCGCCGUUUCGAUGGAUUUGGAUGGGGCGGUGAUCGACGGCUGUGAUUUCAGCGGGUUGGACGAGAUCAUGGAAAUGCAAUAUUUCCAGCCGUCCAUUUGGGAUUACUGAUUGAUAAUCAAAAUCAUUAUAAUUUAACAAUGAAGGAAAAUAAAAACAAUUAAUCAUAUUUUUGGGUGUGGAUUGAUAUAUAUAGAAUAUAUAUUGGUCUAUGCUUCUAUAUUAUUAAUUUAUUAUACACUUGAAAUAAUAAUAAUAAAAUAUUGGGUAGGGUGGGGAAAGUUUUGAGGAUGCUUCCUCUAUUAGAGGCAAUUUGGUUUUUAAUAUUUUUGUGCCCCCUUUUUUUAUGGUUCUUUUUAUUUGAUUAAGGAUGAUGGGAAGGGGGGGAAUGAAUCUAUAUAUCUGAG